GCUCAUGCUUUUCAUUGGCUGUAAACAGUCCGGGGUGCAGAUCAAUAUGCAAGUUGCUUAUGGCUCUCUCGAAGCUGCGUCAUAAGCUACAAUGCUCAGCCUCUCUUGGCUGACGCUAUGAUGUUGAUGCAUCUGUCCACUCCCUUGCUGUCGGCAUAUUCGCAUACGACCUCAAUGAACUAUCACCGCCAUAGUCAACUACUCUACGGCGCAUAUAAAGCGCACGAGAUGGCUUCUCAAGCUCUUCACUGGAACUCCAGCCCUUCGACUCCCAAAUUCUUUGCUCUCCAAACAGAAAAACCACAGCAAUGUCCCUCAACGCGACCAUGCGCGGCGUCCUUUACGAAGGCGUCCCCAACCAAGUGCGGGUCGCAGACCUGCCAAUGCCGACCCUCCAAGCGGGCUCCGACGCGAUUGUGCGCAUCACGACCUCUGCGAUUUGCGGAUCCGACUUGCAUAUGUACCACGGCCUGCAAGGGCAAGACGCGCCGUGGGGCAUGGGCCACGAAGCCAUCGGCUACAUCUCAGAGAUCGGAAACGCCGUCUCGUCGCUCUCGGUCGGCGACUACGUCGUCAUCCCGGACAACCCGUCCACCGGCCAUCUGAACAUGGAGCCGCCUUCGUUCGAGUCCAAUGGCAUCUUUGGCAUCUCGGGCGGCGUCGGCCUCCAGGCCGAGUACGCCAGGGUGCCCUUCGCCGACGACUCGCUCAUCCCCGUGCCACUGACACACAACACGACCAACGCGACCAUCGAGCAAGACUACGUGACGACGGCCGACAUCUUCGCGACAGGAUGGCAAGCAAUCAGCUGGUCAGGCUUCGAGCCAGGCGACACAGUAGCCGUGUUCGGCGCGGGCCCCGUCGGCCUGCUGGCCGCCUACUCCGCCAUGCUGCGGGGCGCGUCGCGCGUGUACUCUAUCGACCGCACGCCCAUGCGCCUCGAGCGCGCGGCCUCCAUCGGCGCCAUCCCCAUCAACUUCAACGAGUCGGACCCCGUGCAGCAGAUCCUGGCGCAGGAGCCGGGGGGCGUCGUGCGCGCGGUCGACUGCGUGGGCGAGGAAGCCGUCAACGCGGCGGGCGAGCCGCAGCAGGACAUCGUGCUGCGGAACAUGGUGGGCGUGACGCGGGCGCGCGGCGGCAUCGGGCAGAUUGGCGUGUACAUGGCGCAGGAAGCGAGCUCGGGUGCGCCGAAUGCCGGCGAUAUCAGCCCCGACAUCUCGUUCCCUGUGUCGGACUUCUUUGGGAAAGGGUUGGGCUACCGUGCUGGUGUUGUUGAUCCGAAGGAGCUUGCGCCGCAGCUUGCGGAGCUUAUUUCGGCGGGGAGGGCGAGCCCGCAUUUCAUUGAGACAGCGGCUAUUGGGAUUGAGGAUGUGCCGGAGUACUAUAGACGGUUUGAUCAGCAUGAGGAGAUCAAGGUGUACAUUAGGUUUCCUUGAGCUGGUGGCGAUGACUUGGAGAAGGUACUAGGUAGUUUGGAGACAAAUCUUAGCUGGUGUGAUGCGGAA